AUGCUACGCCGCUUAACCUGGAACCCGAGACGCGGGCUGCGGCAUUUUGCAUCCACUUCACCCCCCCUUCAUCACUGGAAUAAUGCCUCUGUGCUUUACGGGUGCUACUUGACUGUUGGCUUCACGGUGCCAUUCCUGCUUUCCUACUAUGAGACAUACAGCCAGCACGCGAGCACGUAUCCGUCUAAACAUCGCUGCUGCGCGAGGGCCAUAUUUGCACGUUGGAUUUGA